AUGAAAGUAUUAAGUUUAUUACCAUUAUUAGCAGUCGCAAGUUGUUUACCAAUCUAUGCAGUGAUUGUUAAAAUCAAUCAAGAUGGUGUUUCAAGUAUCAAAGAAUACAAAGAUGUUAAUUUAGAUGGUAUUGAUAGUCUUGCUCAAUUAGCUUCUUCCCCAAAUUUUAAAAAACCUGAAGAUAUUGAAGCUGCUUUAUCAAAACAUGAAAAAAAUCCACAUCAGAGAAUUAGUGGUGUUAAACCUUGUCAUGGUGGUCCAAAACAUCAUAAACCAAAACAUCAUAAAGAUCCAAAACAUGAUGAAGCUCCAGAAAGUGUCGUUGCAGGUCCAUUCAAAUCUUAUGAAGAAGUUAAAGAAUUUACAAAUAAUUUAAUUUCUUCAAAAUUAGAACAAAUUAAUGAAAAUGAUUAUUUAGAAUCAACUAAGGUUUGGGCUAAUGGUUUAUUUCAAGAUGUUAAAGAUAUUGAUUUCAAAGAAUCUUUUAAAAAUAUUGCAUCAGAUGAUGAAGCUUUAUUAUCUAUCUUGGCUGGAUUCUUAAGUGGUUUUAUAUUAUAUGGUAUUAUUUAUUUAGUUUAUUUACGUAAAUUAUCAUUUGAUGAAAAAUUUGAAGAUUAUGAAGCACAAAUUCCAUCUCAAGAAUAUAAUGAUGAAAAAUUACCAUUAUAUAAAGAUGAAGUUUCAGAUGAUGAAGAAUAA